GGGGAUAUCCCCCGUGCCAUCAGCUCAUUCGCGAGGAGCAGGAGGAACCUUCCUCGUCUCUCCCCAUCCCUCACCUCUCCUCACCUCGUCACCUUCUCGACUUAACCAGUGAACGUUGGUGGCGAAGGGGGUCACUCCCAGAACCCGCUGGGACUCUGCGCGGGGUCCACAGACAGGUGCCGCUGGACUCGAUGGGGCUCCCGCCCCCCCUCCUGCUGUGGCUGCUGCCCGCGGGGGCGCUGCUGCUGCUGCUGCCCCCCCCGCGGGGAGGUGAGGGGAGGGGCUCCUUCCCCCGCGACGUCGAGGCGAUCUCGCUGGUGGAGGCUUCGUACACGGCGCGGCACCCGGCGUUCGUGGGGGGCCCAGCCCCGGGGGUAUCGACCCCGGAGGGGGGCGGCGCUCCCCCCUCGCUUCACUUGCAGCUGAUGGCGCAGGUGGGGAGGGAGCUCCUCCUGGGCGGCAGGGAUCACGUGUACAGCCUGGAUCUGGACGCGCGGCACGGACCAGAAAUCGGGUUCAGCAAAAGACUCGUAUGGAGAGCAAGCGUCGACGAGCAGCGGCCGUGCGCGUGGAAGGGGAAGAGAGCGCGCGACUGCUUCAACUACAUCAAGGUGCUGCUGCUUCGCCCGAGGAGCGGGGAGGGGCAGGGGGCCACUCUCUUCAUCUGUGGCACCAACGCCUUCAACCCCACGUGUCGCGACUAUGAGCUGAGCUCUCUGCAGCAGCGCGGGGUCGAUGUGAGCGGCAUGGCCAAGUGUCCGUACGACCCCGCACACAGCAACGUGGCGCUGUUUGCCGACGGACACCUGUACUCAGGCACGGUCACGGAUUUCCUGGCGAUCGACGCCGUUCUCUACCGCAGCCUGGGCAAUGGCACCACGCUGCGGAGCGUGAAACACGACUCCAGGUGGCUGAAGGAGCCACACUUUGUCCACGUGCUGGAGCACGGAGCCCACGUCUUCUUCUUCUUCCGCGAGCUCGGGGUGGAGAUGGGUGCUCACGAGCUGGCGGUGGUGUCGCGAGUGGCGCGCGUGUGCCGGAGCGACGCGGGGGGCUCGCCGCGUGUGCUGCACCGCCACUGGAGCUCGUUCGCGAAGGCGUCGCUCGCCUGUGCCGUGCCCGGGGAGCCUCCCUUCCCCUUCCCCGAGCUCCACGCCCUCGUCGGGCUGCAGCCCGCGGGGGGCCCCCACCUCCUCGUCGGGGUCUUCACCACCCCGGCAAACAGCAUCACCGGAUCGGCCGUGUGUGCGUUCCACAUGGAGGAGGUUGCCCGUGUGUUCUCCGGCCGUUUCAAGGAGCCGAGGUCCGGAGACCACGGCUGGACGACCGUGCCGGAGGAGAAGCUUCCCACGCCCAGGCCCGGCUGCUGCGUUGGGGACCCAUGCGCGAGAGGGUUCCACAGUUCUGCUGAGUUCCCUGAGGAGACGCUCCAGUUUGUCAAGUCCCAUCCACUGCUGGAUGAAACCGUGGGUAGCCUGGGCUCACACCCCUGGCUCAUCCGCUCCAUCGACCGGUGGAGGCUGACCCACGUUGCCGUGGAUACGAGCGCGGGUCCCUACGGCAAUGAGACGGUGCUGUUCGUGGGCUCAGAGGGCGGCCACGUGAUCAAGGCGUUGCCCCCCCUGGAGUUGGAGGGCUCGGCUGUGGUGCUGGAACAGCUGGAGGCGUUCAACCCCCGAGUGUGCGGGGAGUCUGGGGGUGCAAGCAUCGUUGCGCUCUCCGUGGACGCUGCGUCCCACGCGCUGCUCGUCGCCUUCUCCUCUUGCCUCGUGCGGCUCCCGCUCAGCCGCUGCGAGCGCCACGCUACCUGCCGGAGGGCAUGUGUGGCUGCGCGGGACCCCUACUGCGGCUGGGUCAGGGGGUCGUGCCAGCGCCUGGGCCCCAGGACCAGGGAGCCGUUUGAACAGGAUGUUGCCUAUGGUGACACGAGCGGAAUGGAGGAGUGUGCAGAUGAAUGCAUCACAGAGACGGGUCUCAUCCGGGAGCGCCGCGUAUCGGGGGGCCUGGGAGAGGGCCCCCCCCCCCUCAGGGUCCCUGCCUCCCUGCUGGUUCCUUGCUCGCUGGGCGCAUUCCUCCUGGGGGUCGCCCUGGCCCUGCCCGUCGCCUCCCGACAUUGCCGCCGCCGCCCUUCUUGCCAGCGCCCCCCCCCAUCCCGCAGCCGCCCCUGGGGGGAGCGCCUCCGGUUGUGGAGACGUCAAGGAGAUGGGGGGGGAACGCCCGAGGAUGGGCCCCAAGGUUCUCCGGACGAACCCCGGCCAGACCCCGGCUCGCCCUGGACACCCCCCGCCGCGGGGCCCCUGCGUCAGCUGCUGCUGCUGGGGCUCCCCACACCGGAUGCUACCCCCGAGAUGCGGCCCAAGGGGGUCCCCGGUGCCAACCCCAAGCGGAGUCAAGGCCCUGGGGCCGGCGUGGAGAGAGGGGCCCCCCGUGCACAGGUAGAGGAGGGAGGAGGAGGUGGAGAAGGUGAAGGAGGAUGUGGAGAAGGAGGUGGAGGAGGCUAUGAGGAGGAGGGGGACGAUGAACAAGAAAACCUACAUCCUGGCACCUCUUUGGAAGUGAGAAGCAAUGAGGAGCAGAGAGGAGGAGGAGGAGGAGGGUGUGAUGAUGAAGAAGAUGAGGAGGGAGAGGAGGGGGAGCGACCCGUGUCCCCAACCGGGUGUUCGCCACGGCCACGUCUCCGUCGUGUCCCGUGCGCACUCAUCACUCCCAUCCAGCGGCACGGGGGCGACCCUUCACCUGGCCUCGACCUCGACCCCAACACUGACCCUAACCUAUACUCUGACCCCAAUCCUGACCUCUGUUCCAAUCAUGACCCCAAUCUCGAUCCUGACCCCACAAUUGCCCCUGACUCCAACUCCAGCUUCCACCCCAAAAGUGACCACAUUCACUCCCCCCCAAACCAAUCACCCCCUAAGCCCAAACCCCGGACCCGCCUACUCCACUCCCACUCCACAACACAAACACCAAUGCUAGACUCAGAUCCUCAAGGAGACCCCUGAGGGAACCCAGGGGGUCAGGCAUUCGUGUAACGGUGACAGAGGGGACUCACUCAGGGAGACCUGGACUCAAACCUGAACUUGACCAAACCCGGUCUCAUCUGCGAGCCGUUCAGGAGGAGCUGUGGACUCACGGACCCAGGAGGUUUUGGUGUAAGACUGCCAUGUAUCUGUGAAACUCAACCAGGAACCAAGGGGGUGAGCUGGCAGCCACCUAUCUUCCUCUGUCAGCUCCUGCUCACAUUUACAUAGCCAUGUCCACUCGACCACGAGCCCACUCACGACUCAGGUAACCCCGCCCAAUACUCAGGUAGCUCCACCCACUGCUCGGGUCGCUCUGUCCACUACUCAGGUAUCUCUGCCCUUCGUCUGAGUCGUCAUGAGUCGGGCACGAGGCCAGAACAUGGCCAUUAUGAGACUACCAGGACUAUCCUAGCAAAAUUGAGACUCCUCUGGGCUGAGAUCCUAGCAAAAGCAGGACCUCCCCCAUUGGGGCCCCCUGGGGGGUUGGCGACCCAGAAAGCAUUUACUUGCCGAGAACAUGACAUCCAGUAUACCUCUCGCUUCUGCUGUGGCUAGGACUCGUCAGUUGCGUGACCACUCCAGUUUACCAGUAACCUCAAAAACAUUCAGUGAAAAAUUAUGCUGGGGGGGCCUGGGUCCCCCCUGGACUCCCUGACCCCAAUGUGUGGGGGACCUUGUUUUUAAUCCCCUACUGUGAGCCCUCUUUGUUGCUUGUUUAGUAAUUAAUUUAUUUAUUAUCGAUUAUUGGGAUCUAUUGAGGGUCAAAAGGUAAGCCAGACCCCUGUUUCACUAUCUGAAGUCCGAAUCUUUGACCCCAGCGAUCCUGUGAGAUAUGGGGUUCACAAUAGUGGUCAAGUCGGAUCCCCCUUGCGAUAAGGGGAGGGGUGUGUGGAAGAGUGGCCUGAUUCGAGGCACUGAAAGAUGGGCAGCUCUUCUCUUGUAGCUGUGUCGAGCACACAAGUCUAAAGUGUCUUUAAUAAAUAAAUAAAA